AUUAAUCGCGAAUUUUUCAUAUACUGCGUAUGUGCGGUAAAUUACCGUUCACAAUGUAAUUUAUUUCUAUUAUUUUUCGGCUGAACGUAGAAAACGCUCAUAAUUACUGGUCUUGUGAACCAUCUUUUUAAAUCUUUCAGAUGGUAUCAGUUGACAGACACUCGUCUCCGAAAAUACGUUGAAUGUGUACCCGUGGGUCGUCUGCUCGAUUUAAAAUUGUGCAACCGGCCAUGCGAAUUGGACACUACCUCUUGUGACACGGUACACGAGCAGAAGCACUCAUUGAUUUGUUGACAAAUUGUAUAUUUUUACGUAGGAUUCCUCUCGUAGAUUUCUUUCUAUCAAUCUGACGUGGCUAUCGUGCACUCUUAUUCAUUACCAGCUAAUAACAAUGGCUAUUAUUAUUAUUAAUAGAAUAUUUAAUGUCAAUAAUUCAUCAUGCUUGCAAUCACUAUUGUAUUUACUUACAACUUGCUGUUCAUAGGUAGUGUAUGUAUUAUAAAAUGAGCAUUUCUUCAUCAGUAAAACCUGAUUUUGGAGGUGUAAACGGGGUAAUGAAUGGGAACCUGGCGAUUUGGUAUUUUGCUGUGCCUUUAACGUACUUAGAAGCUGGACUUUCCUUCAGUCCAGUUUUGCUCUACACAGCGCUAAGUAACGGAUACCUUCAAAUUUUUGUGAUAUGUUUUGUAUAUAUUUUGAUGCCUCUAUUGAUCAGAGUUGGAACGUGCCUGUUAACAUAUGUUGGGGUCAACAUUUGGCUCCUUAAGGGAAUGGAGGUGUUGUAUUGCAUGCCACCUCCAUUUAGUACGGGUCUUGUACUGAGCCGAUUGGCAGACGCAGAUCUACCAACGAGCAUAGUUACAACAUUGACAUCAUACUUUGUUGGACUAUUUCUAUCCCCAUUCUUGUUGUACAUAAUGCUGGGUGCAUCAACUGCACCUUUUGUUGGCAUCAAUGUCAGAGAAUUGUUAUUGAGCACCUUGAUACCCUUAGGUGUCGGUGGUAUCUUACAGCCACUUACUACUAAGUUAAAAAUCUGUUAUGGAACUCGAACUGCGUGGGUUCCGCAGGGAUUACUGUUGCUAACUGCAUAUCAUUGGUUCUGCGAUGCUCUGUCGGCCGAUGCUUCAUCUCUUCAGGCAGUUGACAUACUGCUCUGCAUUCUAAUCGCCUGUGUAGAACAACUUAUUGUUGCCUGGCUUUGUUGGGUGCUGUGUUCACGUUGGUUAUCCCGCAAGAUUCUGCUAGCUGCCUUGUUUACCACAACACACAAGUCUGUGGGUCUUGGAGGAUGGCUUCUCCGAGGUGCUUAUCACGGAUCAGCCCAUGGACCUUCCAUUACUUUGCCACUCUCAGUUUUACCAGUCGCACAACUUUUGCUUGGGAGUCUUUUGGCAAACUGGGUCGCUCCCUGACGUCCGUCGAACAGUAGAAGAUGCGAUACAAAAGUGGCUUCCUUUCCGUCAUUGCAAAUUCGUAUUAUCCCACAACCACUACAACCAGUAGUAUACGAUUUAGUUCCAAGCAGACUCUGAUACUUGCUGAAGAGCAACGUGUUUAUCAAUAAUAUUAUAACUCUUACAUAAGUAGUAAAAGGUUUCAAAUUCGUAAAGUAAAAUUAGUUUUGACCGGCCAAUAAUUGGUUCGCUUAUAGUGUUAUACCAGAUUUUUAGUGCGAUUAAUUGGCAAAGAUUAAGU